CGAAGCGGCGGCAAAGCCUUAAUAAGAUCUGCAAAGACAGACUGCAAAGCCUUAAUAAGAUCUGCAAAGACCGAAGCGACGACAGAGCCUUAAUAAGAUCUGCAAAGACCGAAGCGGCGGCAAAGCCUUAAUAAGAUCUGCAAAGACCGAAGCAGAGACAUAAAGACAAAUCAAAGGGCGAAAUGGGAAACGAAGCAAAAACCACCGCCAACGUAGGUGGAGGAUUCCGGGCAAUAAUGGAGCACUACAUUUACAGCGGUGAAAAGAAGCACGUUAUGGCUGGCAUCGUCAUCAUCGCCGUCGUUUUUGGUGCCCCUUGGUUUCUCAUGAAUCGAGGAUCAAAGCAUCAGUCACACCAAGAUUACAUGGAAAAGGCUGACAAAGCACGGAGUCAACGACUUUCUUCUUCAAAAUAAGUCAAGUUCUUCCGUCCAUCAGCAACAUUUUUAGAGUCGGAAUCGAAGCUCGUAAUUUGAUGGUAAUCUGUUUUUGUCCUAGACUCAAUCGAAAACCUUGAAUGCUGAAAAAAGCGAAAAUGGCAAAAGUAAUAAUAUACUUGCUAGAUGCUGUUUGGAAAAAGAAAAGAAAAAAAAGUCAUAGAAUGAUCUGAUCACUUUCAAGGUCAACAUUUGUUUCGUAUUUGUGGUUAUAAUUUUGCUUAGAAAUGAAAUUGUUGCCCCCUGAUGUUUGUUUGA